AUGACCAAAUCACCCAUCAUCAGGGCUGCAUGCGCCUUUAUUCGACAAUGGGCGAUCAACCACUGGGCGGACGUGAUAUGGAUGGCAGUCAUCGGCGCAGCAAGUUUCGGCCUUGACAGGGCACCUAUUCCGACAAAGCGAACGUUCCCCAUCACGUUCGACACCGCGUCCGGCGACGUCGUGUACCCUGAUAUGGCGUACCCUGAACGAGGAUGGCUACUUCCCUCAUGGCUAGCGGGUUUCCUAGCACUAGGCAUCCCGUUGACAGUAUACUCGGCGGCACAGGUGCGGAUGCGGUCGGUGUGGGAUGCCGAUGCGGCCAUUAUGGGCACGCUGUGGGCCGUCCUGCUGGCGACCUUCUUCCAGGUGGUAACCAAGAUUCUCGUGGGCGGGCUGAGACCAUACUUUCUCGACGUAUGCAGGCCGGAUGUGUCAAGCAUAAGCUCCGCGGCGGGUGAUGGCCUCAACGGCGUGGGGUUCAACCGCAUCAUGUACACGGUCGAUGUGUGCACGCAGUCUGAUCCCAGGCUUCUCCGCAACGCCAUGACCUCGUUUCCCAGCGGUCACAGCGCCGCAGGCUUCGCGGGCUACGGCUUCCUGCACCUCUGGCUCAACGCGCGCCUCAAGGUGUGGGCCGACUACCGUCCUGCCCUGUGGAAACUCCUGGCCGUAAUGAUGCCCCUGUUCAUCGCGUUUCUCAAUGCCUGCCUCUUGUCUGUCGACGCCGCACAUCACUGGUACGACAUCGUCGUCGGCUCCAUCAUUGGGGUCGUCAUGGCCCUCGCCGCGUACAGGGCUACCCAUGCUGCCUUGUGGGAUUCGAGGUACAAUCACCUGUGUCUGCGUGCUCGGGAGGCCUUCAUAUACAACGCAGAUGCAGAUGUCGACUAUUCGGGGCGCACGCUCACGGGCAAAGUUGGAUGGGGCGACGACAGGACUUGGGUCACAGAUGGCCGCGUUGUCGGCGUCGGUGGGAACUUUAGCUCUAGCAAUCUUGGUGGCUCGCUGGGCCAGCAGGGGGAUGGUGCUACUUCAUUCCUUAGGGAGAAGGGGAUAUGA